GUAAGAUCUGUAUGGAAAGUCCAGACAGAAACUACUUGCGACGGCGAGGGAAGGUUCACACAUUCUCUGUAAUUCUGUCUGUGUUUGCUGCAUUUGUCCUAGUCCCAUCUCCUCCCGCUGACCGACUUGUACCAGACCGGUGAGGAGCUGUGCAACCAGAACUGCGGACUGCCUCAUUAACCCCGGAUCAUCCGGACCUGUCUAUCUGUAAUCAGCGACUGACUCUCCAUAACCGAAUAGUCCUGGGAGCAGCAGCACCGGCUGAAUUCUCGGUGCAUGGUCGGCACAUUUGUCAUCCAGACAGCACUGAACUCCGACUGGUUUCAACAUCAGAGGUAAAUUCUGUCUCCGAUUCUGCAACUCACUGAGAGUUUACAGCGGGGCUCGGCUUUUGUCGGGACUGGAAAUCCACACCGAACUAAACUCCGACCGGUUUCAACAUCAGAGAGCAUCAGAAACUGAUCACACCUGUCCUCAAAAUGAGUCAAGCUCCGAGCAGUGGAGGCGAUCCAGUGACGUCACCAUCGGGAAAGGACACGGUCCCGUGCUCAGUGAUCACCGAGCUCCUGGCAAGCUGGGACGAUUUCCAGCUGCUGCAGUUGACGGACUUCUACCGGGACGGGCUGGAGCAGGCGAUGGAAGGAGGGGUGCACGGAGUGAGCCUGGCGUUAACGGCCGAGAAUCAGUUCAGUGGAGAGGAACAUCGGAAAAUCUCUGAUCUCGCUGAUAAGGGAGAGCGGGCGGACAGUUCUAAACUCCUCCUGAGCCUGGUGAUGGAGAAAGGCUCCCGUGCCCAGAGGGUGAUGUGGGAAACCUUUGUGAAAAUGCGGAUUGGUGUCCCAAAUUUGGACAAAAUACUGAAGGAAAUACAGAUAUAUGGUUGUGAUCCCUCCCAUCGACCAAAUCCCGGUCAACUUUUACAAGAGGUUCUCAGUGAGCUGAAAGGGCAAUGUGUUCCAGGCAACCACGACUCUCUGAUUAUCCCUGACAUCCCCAUUCAUUCUGCACACUCUCAACUUCAAAGUAUUCCCUCUGGUAUUAGACAUUUCAACCGCGACAAACCAAUUCUCUCUGUCUACUCUAUCUAUGCCUCCCAUUAUGUUGUCAACCUGUGUCUGAGCUUCCCUCAGCCUCUGAUGAUCCAGGGAAAACAAACUAAUUUUAUCCUGCCUCUCAUGAUAGCACAUGCCCUCUGAACCAGGCAGUAUCCUGGUAAACCACUUCUGCUCCCUCUCUAAAGCCUCACAAUCCCUCCGGUAGUGGGGUGAUCAGAGCGUUACGCACUGGUCCAGACAAGGCCGAAGCAGAGUUCAUCAAGUUGAAACUUGACCUCUGUUUCCACCAGCGGUUGUAAUUUGGGCAGGGCCUCUAAGUUGUUCCGCCAUGCGGAUCUGACCAUGUAAAUGUUGGCACUGUGACAGGGAGCACAGGGAGACACAGGGAAACGUGUUUGGUAUAGGGAGAGUUUUUAAAGGACAUUUGAGCAAAGGGACAGAGAUCUGCCGAGUUUGAGGAAAGUGGUCAGACCGCUCUGGGGCCUGCAAAUACAGAUCUCUCCACCGGAGUCUGAGUGGAGAAGGGGAUGAUCUGGAGAAAGGAAAAAAACAAAAACAACUUAUAUUUCCUCACACCAAAAAGUCAAAACCUUCCCUUGUCAGCCAGUGCCCCCUCCUGAACAGCCUCACCCUUAACCAGUUUCUAAAAUCCCCCGGUUCCUGCAGAUUAUCGUUUCUUAGAGUUGGGCGUCACUGAAGUUCCAGUCACAGAAUAGUAAUAAUAGCAUCACUUUAAUUAGAAAACCGGGUAACAUCCCAACUGGUCUGUUCAACCACAGAGUAGCAUAUGAACACACUGUGUUCACAUAUACACUCCCUAGUACAAUCACUGCUACAGUAUUACAGAGGGUGAGACUGGGGGACAUAUUCCUCAGCUCAGUCCACAGAAGCUGAAAUUCCUGUCUGCCUGUGUUGUGUGAUGGACACUGUGGGAGGGUGAGAGAUGGGAAUUAGGACAGGGAAACCCAGGGGUGUGGGAUUGCGGCAAGAAAAUUGCAAAGGACUGAAAAUAUCUAUAAAUAGUAUUGCAAUUAGUUAUAUUGUGACCAUCUGGAUUGGAAACUUCACUACAUCCAUAAGCCCGUCUUGUCUGUGAAAACGGAGCCCGGGGCAGUGCAUGGGCUCAGAGAUUGUGAGGCUUCAUCACUGCAGACUGAGUUAGAUCACCCAACUGCACAUUUAACAGAGGAAAGAGCGUAGGAAAGACAAAUAUCACAAAACAUAUUAAUAUUGCAUCAGCUCAUGUUUUAUCUGAUUAUUAGAAACUUUUAAUAGAAAUAUAAGGAAUCCUGGUCAGAACCCUGGUUCAGUCUCUCUCAUUUACACAAACAAAUCGCAAAGACGAUAAUUUAAAUAUGGGUCCAUUGAUAGAAGCUUACAAACUACUCAAGUCCCUGUCACCACUGUUAAUGUUGUUCCAGUUCAGUUCCGGUCAAUGAAACCCCUCAGUUUCCCUGCACCAUGGAUUUGGUAAAUUGCUGCAAGCCUGUUCUUCACUUUUCCUUAUGUUGUUUGCCGAGAGAGCAGACUCAACUGUGAAAUAUGGACUGUUCCAGAGAGAUGUUGAAUAUAUCUGUUAGCAACUCAGUUAGCUGGGCUGCCCAGUCUUUCAGAACCCCACCUGGUAUAUUAUCGGGCCCUGCAGAUCUGGAUGGGUUGACUCUGGCCAGGGUCGUCCUCACCUCAGCUUCAGCCAGACAGAGGAUCUACUGAUUAUUGAAGAACAUAAUUUCUGCCACUGUCACAUUCUCUAAAGUAAGUAUGUCCACAAUCACUGUUUUCCUACGCUCCCCAUCACAGCCGAAUACAUUGAAUGGAGACCCCACACAUACACAGGGUCAGGAGCCCACACAGGGUCCUGACACACUGUGAGAUCCCACACACCUCUGUUAUGGUCCUGACAGACUGUGAGAUCAGAUUUAUUAGGGAGAUGAAUGUAAAUGAACCCCUAGGAGGAAUCUAGGGACUGCAUAAAUGAAAAGGAAAUGCAAUAUAAUGUAGCGAAAGUGAGUGGGAAGUUAGUUGAUUGGGAAACUUUUAAAAUCUAACAAAAGGCAACAAAAAAUAUGAAGAAAGCGAAAGAAUUGAAAUUAUCAGCAAACACACAGAAAAUGCUGGAGAAACUCAACAGACCAGACAGCAUCUAUGGAGAAAAUACAGUCAACGUUUCGGCCUGAGAAAAUCCGGUGGGACUGGAGAUAAAACGCUGAGG